AUGAGCGGGCAGUUCUUUGGAACAAACGGUAGCCCAUCUUCGAGCCUUCCGUUGAGCGUGGCGCCCUACCAGCCUCCCGCGCAGGGCGGUGCCUCCGCUGGCUAUCCGUUCGGCGGCGACGGCCUGGGGCGGCAGCGCCUCGACGGCGUGCAGGCGCCGAGCGAGGCGAUCCAGAUGACUCCAGUGCAGACAUUACCUGAGGCCUGGUCGUAUUUGCAGCAGGUGCCCCCCGCUAACCAAGGCGGAGCCCCGUUGUCCGAACGGGAUCUCAAGACUUUGAAAAGAAAACAAGCUAACAGGGAUGCCGCAAGAAGAUCAAAGGUCAGGAGGAAGGUCGAGGCACAGGCCCUGGGGAUGCGCCUCAAGGAACUCAUGGCUGAAAACGAUGAUCUGAAAACCGAGGUGGCGGAGAGCCGACGUGAAGUGUCCAAGCUUGCAAAGUUGAACAGUUCGCAUCGAGCAGUGCUGACUUCUCGUGGUGUAGCUCUGGAUGGCUACCCUCCUGUUGACACGCAUUUUGAAGCUCCAAAGGAGCAAGAAGGGGAGAACAAAGAUGAACAAUCCAAAACACCAUGUGCUUCAGGAUCCGAUGCCACAGCUACCAUACCGGAAGUUUUGGAAUUCAGUCGCGAUUAUGGGGCACAAUUUGGUCUUCCAACUGCGAGACUAAAAAGCGGGGAACUCAGCCCUGACUGCCCUCAAUCCAGUUGGAAAGAACUUGGGAUUGACGCAGGAGAUGCUGAAAAGCUGGAAGACCACGGUGCAUCCUCUGCAAGCACAGACAGAGGGGGACAAUGA